AUGUCGGAAGCCAAAGUGAACGGAGACCUGCUCCGGGAGAGAGAGAAAUGUAAUUUUGACCUUAAAGAGUUGACACAUUUCAUUGAUGGCGGAGAGGAAGCUACUCGUAACAGAAGAGAAGUAGAGGAAAUGGUUAUACACGUGAAGGAGAUACAAGAUGAGGUUCCAGAAGAAUAUUUGAGUCACAAAGAACAGUAUGAGAACGCCGUGAGGAAGGCGUGCGUCCUCAUUGAUAUACUGAAGGAGCACGCCCUCAGGCACAGCAGCUUCGAUGCGUACAAACCAACAAACAUGUAUCGGGUGCAGUCGAUGGUAAAGCAGGUGUCACCGUUCAUUCUGCACAUGGGGAUGUUUGUACCUACUAUAUUCGGACAGGCUUCUGCCGACCAGCAAGCGGAGUGGUUGCCCAAAGCGCUCUCAUUGCAGAUCAUCGGUACUUACGCUCAGACUGAACUCGGUCAUGGGACAUUUCUUCGAGGUUUGGAGACUACCGCGACGUAUGACCCGACCACUGAAGAGUUUGUGUUGCACAGUCCCACGUUGACGUCCUAUAAAUGGUGGCCGGGAGGAUUAGGACACACAGCUAAUCACUGCAUCGUGGUGGCUCAGCUAUACAGCAAGGGCGUGUGUCAUGGCAUCCAUCCGUUUCUCGUGCAGAUCAGGGACAGCGAGACCCACAUGCCGAAGCCGGGUAUUAAAGUUGGAGAAAUCGGUCCCAAACUAGGUUUUCAGACGGCAAAUAACGGAUUCCUCGGCUUUGACCACUUCAGGAUACCGAGGCAGAAUAUGUUCAUGAAAAACGCUCAAGUUCUGAAGGAUGGAACGUAUGUUAAAUCGAAGAGUACGAAGUUAACGUAUGGCACGAUGAUGCUGAUUCGUGUGAUGAUCGUCAGUGACGCAGCGUAUGAGAUAUCCAGAGCAGUCACCAUCGCCACGCGCUAUUCCGCUGUCAGGCAUCAGUCGCAGCCUAAGCCUGGUCAGCCUGAACCUCAGAUUCUGGACUAUGUGACGCAGCAGCACAAGCUGUUUAUUGGUAUAGCGACGAGCCACGCGCUACGCAUCACCGGCAGCUGGCUCUGGGAAACAUAUUCCAAAGUUACUCACGAUCUGGAUGCGGGAAAGCUCGAUCAGCUGCCGGAGUUACAUGCGCUAGCAUGUUGCUUGAAGGCCAUAAGCAGUCGUGACGCCAGUGCUAUAGUUGAACAAUGUAGACUGGCGUGCGGAGGGCACGGGUAUAUGGCGUCCUCCAACUUCCCCACUAUCUAUGGAUCCAUCACUGCCACUGUCACCUAUGAGGGGGAGUUCACGGUGCUACUUCUUCAAACUGCUAGGUAUCUGUUAAAGGCUUGGAAAUCGGCUUUAGAAGGAAAAGUGAUGACACCAACUGUGGCUUUCAUGGUGAACUACCAGAAGACAAAGCCGUUGUGGAAAAAUACACCAGAAGGUAUAAUAAGCGGAUUCAAAGCGGUCGCAGCAGGGAAAUCAAAGGAAGCAUAUGACGCAGUUAUUUCGUAUGAAAACAAUGGGAAGGAUUAUGAAGAUGCGUGGAAUUUGGCGUCAGUGCAGUUAGUUAACGCUAGCGAGGCAUAUUGUCGUGCGAUAAUUUGCGAGAUGUUCUGGAGCGAGGUACAACGACAUUCUGUGACGAUGUCCCGGAAUGUGGCUGCUGUUCUUCAACAACUAGCUGAAUUGUAUCUGAUCUAUUGGACGCUUGAGAAGAGCGGUGAUUUGUUCGAAUAUUCAUGCGUUUCCAAAGAAGAUUUAGCUGUUCUGCGAAGACGAUACGGAGAAUUGCUGGCUCUUAUCAGACCGAAUGCAGUUGCUUUAGUAGACGCUUUUGAUUUAAGGGAUGAGAUUCUACAGUCAACCUUGGGUUCUUACGACGGUCGCGUGUACGAGCGACUGAUGGAGGAAGCCCUCAAGAGUCCACUCAACAAAGAGCCAGUCAACCAGAGCUUCCAUAAGUACCUGAAGCCUUUCAUGCAGAAAUCUAAACUGUGA